GGAAACCAGUGGAGUCAUUGCGUUUGAUGCAGGUACACGGUGGAGCGUCCUACUCGCACGCUCACUCUCAGCCACGCCCGCGCACAGACAGUCACAAUCACCCCAAACCCAUGACCGCGUGAACCCCCAUAAGGAAAGCGCAGAGGAACCAGAGCAAGGAAUGUGGAGAAGAAACACGCUUACACGAUGCUUUCAUGGAUGGGUUUUGGAUGGUAGGGAUGUAUCCGGAAGAAACAGCUAGAACCCAUAGCUGGAGUUCCCCCAGGUGGUCUAACACCUAAACGCGUUUUUAGCCCAGUCCCUAGACUCCACAAUUGGGGGUCUACAAUGCAGCCACCCAGAGUCCGUAGAAAUAGUUGACGGUAUCCCAUGAGGCCCGCGGAGCUUCAUCAAGCAGCCCUGGCCUUGAAGAGUCAAACCACAAGCAAAAUCAAAACCAACGAACGCCAUUGUUUGGCUGUGACAGAGGUUGACGAGCUGACAUCUUUGGUGGCCGAUGCUGAAACCGGCAUUGCCCGUCAAGAUUUGGACCAGGCCCUUGUUUUUGAACAACAUUUUGCACAAUUCAGUGCCUGGCCUUUGACACAGGCUGUGUGCCAGGAAUUGCUGCUGAAACUGGCGGCUUCUGGGGCAGGAACCCAAAUUUGGCCCCUUGCCGUGAUUGCCGCCCAGUGCGCCAAAGGCUUGCCGGCCCAGGCCGAAAGUACUCUCGAGGUCCAUGCCAAAGAGCUGGCAGUGGACGGGCAGCGACCAUCCAGCGCUCCCUACGGUGCAUUGGUGCAGGCAUAUGCAAAGCAGGGCGACCUUGAAAAGGUGCAGGAACAUCUUAGCGCCAUGAAGAGUUUGGGACUCUCCAUCGACAUGCCUAGCUAUGCCGCGGCCAUCGAAGCCUGGGCCAAGAGGGGCGGAUGCGAUGCCGCUCGGAGGAUCCUGGAUGAGGCGGUGGCUUCAGGUCUACACCCCAGCCGCGGGACCUUCACGGCGGCGGUCAGUGCCUAUACCAAGGAGAUCGGGCAGCGCGUGGAUGGAAGCGAUCAUGACAGCCAUGCGCGCCGCCAGCGUCGCAGCCUUGCAGACACCUGGGCAUGGCUCCUGGUGGCCAGUACCUCCUCCACGAGCCGAACGCGUCGGAAGAACAGCUUCACCAGCCCGGAGGCCAUCUUCAAGCAGAUGCUGGCCAGCGGUGUGGCCCCGAACGCCUUCGUGCUGCGCGCGCUGGGGAGGGCCGUCGGCCUCGAGAGGCGGGAAGAGCUCUGCAAGGAGUUCCACCUGGACCUUUCCGGGGUUCCCAAUCGACGCGUCAGGAGUGCAUGCCCUUGGAUGGGAGGUCAUGGGUGCAUGGCCGAGGACUGGGAGAAGGCCUCAGAGCCUGUGAGCCGUGAGGUUGCUCUACGAAGUGCUGGAGGCCCCCGGCCGGUGACCGGCGUGGCCGGCGUGGCCGCCGGCACCAGUCCGGCGAGGCGGCCCAACACCAGCCCGGCCACAUGUGCCUUUCCGGAGAAGCACUCGCCGGUGAUCAACGUGCCUCGGACUGUGGCCAUUCGCUCCCGAUGCCUGAUGCAACGCACACCCGGUGGACCGGUGCGCGUGCCGCUGCCCAAGGAGCUGGUGCCGGUCUUGUGCCGCAUGGAGCAUGACAACAACGGCGAAGCGAGCACCGCCCGCUCCAGGUGUCUGCACACCACCCACUUCGUUGGAGAGAAAUCGCAGCAAGUGCCGGUGGAGUUGGUCUCUGCGCAGCCGCUGCCCAAGCGGCCGGUCACCAGCCGCAUCGGCAGCCUGGCACAUGUGGCGGAGAAGGAGGCCUCCAGACAGGAGCUGCCAAUGCUAACUCCCGAGUUGCGGGCGGAUUUGAAGCAGAAGCUCGACAGCUUGGUCUCCGUGUGCCGCACGGACUUCAAGGCUCACCCCAGAAGCACGCGCUUCUUCUUGCGCGAGCUCUGGGAUCUAUGCCAGCUGCUCAAAGUGCCGGUGAGCAAUCGACCGUACAGGCGAAAGCUGGCGGGCGCUUUGUCCCAAUUUGUGCUGCACAUUCCCAACUUCCUCCCGGCGGAUUUGGCGCCCUCCAGUGCCGAGCUGUCUGAGGACUCCUUCUUGACCAUGACAGUGAUGUUGGCGCUGGGGGCCAUCCCAUGGGAGUUCAAGUUCAACAGGGCUCAUUACCGCCUUUGCAACUGCGCCUCCCUGGGGUCUCAACGUUGUCUGGUGCCAACGGGAGGAAUCAGGAGCUCUGAAUUCAUGACCUCACGAACGCGUGGCCGCGCGGGGGAAGGCGAUGGUCCGGCACCGGCCGCCCUGCGGGAGCUCUUUCAUCGCCAGGAGAAGCACUUGCCGAACCGCCUCGUCGACGUGUCUGCCGCGCUUCGUGUGAGAUUUGUGGAGUUUGUGGAACAGGUGCCGCCAGUUCUUCCUGCACGCGGCGACGAGCCGCCGGAGCUGGUCCGCGGGCCCUUCACCGGGGGCGAUGGGCGGCCGAGUGAGCCGGAGAGGAUCCAGAUCAUGAUUCAGGCAGCGCCUCCUCCGCCCGAGAACCUGGCACCCACGACCCUGAGCCAAUCGCUGCUGCACUCCAUGGCCGACGCACCCCUGGGCGGCUCCAACGAGGGUCCACUGGCAGGCCUCAGCUCCGAGGAGGCGCAAAGGCGUUUAGCACAGUACGGCCGGAACGAGAUCCCCGAACAUGUGGAACCGUGGUACGUGAUGCUUGGGAAGCAAUUUGUCGGCAUGAUGCCUGGCAUGCUCAUCAUCGCGGCCAUUCUUUCUGGGAUCUCGAGAGACUGGACAGACUUCGCCGUCAUCACCUUGAUGCUCAUCGUGAAUGCGUUGAUUGGCUUCCAUGAGGAGUUCAAGGCCAGACAGUCCUUGGACGCCCUGAAGGCGCAGAUGACCGCCACCGUGCCGGUGAAGAGGGAUGGGAGCAUGAUGAUCGUCCCCGUGGCCGAGCUAGUCUCGGGAGACGUGAUCUUCCUUCGAGGAGGCAACAUUGUUCCAGCAGAUUGUGAGUUCCUCGAGGGCGACGAGAUGCUGGUGGACACCGCGGCGCUCACCGGCGAGCCGCUGCCGCGGAAGGUGCCGCGGCCCGACCGGCCGGAUGAGCCGCAGGGCGCCGGGAAGAUGCUCCUGUCGGGAUGCAUCGUGAAGCAAGGUGAAGCACAUUGUGAAGUCAAGGAGACCGGCCUCAAUACUGAGAUUGGCCAGGCCGCAGGGCUGGUCGCUGAAGCCUCUGGACACCAAGCCAGCAUGUUCGAAUCCAAGAUCAUGCAGGUGGUUCAUGCGGUGAUCCUCCUCUCCCUGGUGGACGCGGGGGUGGUGCUCUAUGUGGAUGUGGGCCACAGAGGCGUCCGCUUUUCACAUGCUUUGCUCAACGUCUUAGCUUUAGUCAUUGGUGCAGUGCCCAUUGCCCUGCCCUUGGUGAUGCAGGUGACGAUGGCCAUCGGUGCGGCCAGCAUGGCCAAGCGCCAGGCCAUUGUCACGCACCUCACGGCGCUACAGGAGAUCGCCUCCAUGACCGUGCUGUGCAGCGACAAGACGGGCACCCUAACGACGGCGGACAUGCGGGUCUUGCCGCACCGGACCUGGACCUGCAAUCGCACCACGAAGGACGAGGCGCUGCUGUACGCCUGCCUGGCGUCGAAUCCCGCGAACAAGGAGGACCCCAUUGACAAGGCCAUCCUGGGCUCUGGCCAUGAGCACUUUGGAGAAGAGGAGGCGGACAAGCUCAUGGCGAUGUACAAGAAGGGCAAGUUCGUGGGCUUCAACCCCACGGUGAAACGCACCGUUGUGUAUUGCGAGCACGAAGAGAAGGGCAAGUUCAAGAUCUCUAAGGGACUUGUCAACAAGGUCCUGAUCACAGGAGACGAUGGUGGAGACUGUUGGGAGUGUGUGGAUGCCGACAAGUUGAAGGAGGAACUGAACGAAGUCGACAUCCGCUUCUCCUCCCAGGGGUACAAAACAGUGGGCCUGGCGGUCUCGCACAACGAGGGGCCGAUGCAGUUCGCAGCGAUCAUCCCCAUGUUGGAUCCGCCACGGGGCGACACCAAGCUCACGAUCCACCGCAUCCGGGAAGCGGGCAUCAACGUGAAGAUGAUCACAGGUGAUCACCUGAACAUCGCCAUCGAGACCAGUCGCCUGAUCGGCCUUGGCACCCACGUCCUUCCCGCCAGUGAGCUGUGGCCGGCCUCCGCCACGCGGGACGAGACCAUCGUCACGGCGGACGGCUUCGCGCAGGUGCUGCCCAAGGACAAGCGCGAGGUGAUCUUGGUCUUGCAGAACCGCGGCCUGGUGGUGGGCAUGACGGGGGACGGCGUCAACGACGCCCCGGCCCUGGCGCAGGCGCAGAUCGGCAUCGCCGUGGACGGUGCCACCGAGGCGGCGCGCAGCGCGGCGGACAUCAUCCUCACCCAGCCGGGCCUUUCGGCCAUCUUCGAUGCCGUGGUGGAGUCGCGGAAGAUCUUCGCGCGGCUCCGGUCGUACGUGCUGUACAGGAUAGGAGCGACCAUCCAAAUUGUGCUGGUCCUGUCAAUCCUGAUCUAUGCCUACAAUGACACCAUGCCCGCGAUUUACGUGAUUUUGUUGGCGCUGGUGAACGAUGUGACGAUGUUGCCCGUGGCCAGCGACAAUGCCUCCCCCUCCGCGUUGCCGGAGAUCCCCUCGAUGCCGCAAAUCUUGUUGGCGUCCUUCCUGUAUGGCUUCAUCGGCACCGGUCAAACCAUGGCCCUCUACCUCUCGGAUGUGCUCCACUCGGAUCCCUCCAUGGACCCCGAGGAGAGGCGCCAGUAUCGGAUGGCGGUGACCUAUUUGCAGAUGUCCAUCGCGGUGGAGCUCAACAUCUUCUCCUGUCGCACACCGCUGUAUGUGGCGAACCUGCUACGCCCAGAGACCUGGCCUUCGCUCUUGCUCUUCAUUUGCGUCAUGGGCGGGAACCUGCUGGUCUCCCUGCUCGCAGGCUUUGGCGACACGUUCCAUGUGGUGCACAAGGUCGAGUGGGUGGACAUCGUCUGGAUUUGGGUCUACGACAUUGGUUGCUUGCUGGUGAUCGACUUCCUCAAGCGCUUCUUGAAUGUGAUUGGUGCAGAUUGGAUGUCUGCUGGUGCUGUUGGCGACGUCCUUGGGUAUCCCAAUUUGCCGGAUGAGUUCCACGGCGCUAGCCAUCGCUCGACUCUGCUGCACAGCAGAGCCAGCGCAAGGAGCGUGCUUCACCACCAAAGCCGUCUCUCCACCAUCUCUCAGGGUGGAGGCCUCGCUGUGCCGGGAAAAGUCUCGGGCUCCACGCUGCCCUUCCCGCACAACCUGCGGGCACAUGCCUUGCGGCACAUGCACUCCUUCUAA